AUGUUCUUUGAGAGAUGGGGCGUGAGCCCGAUGUUGUUCUUUUCGACGACUUUGUUGGUUGUCUCGGCUUUCAACUAUGGGUUCAGUGAUCAAGCCUUUGCUUCGUGCCAGGCGAUGGACUCGUUCAAUCGUCAAUUCGGUGUUUAUGAAGAAUCGACAGGAGAAUGGGCAAUAGAGCCUUUGUUCACGUCUCUAUAUAAUAGUAUUAAAGCUGGUGGUCAAAUUAUCGGUGUUUUUGUCGGUGGAUGGGUGAGCAAUACAUAUGGCCGUCGAAUGUGUGUUUUUGUUAUGAGCAUCUAUGCCCUGGGCAGUGCUUCUGUUGUAAUCAGUUCUACGACACAAGCCCAGAUCCAGGCUGGUCGAGCCUUGCACUACAUCUAUCUAGGCAUGCAAUUGGCCGUUAUCCCAACAACUCUGUCUGAAAUCGCUCCUGCCAGAAACCGUGGUGGAGUUAGUGUGUUAUACUGGUUGGCCAUCAAGGCCGGAGGUCUCAUCGUGACGUCGAUCACACGAGGAACCAAAACCAUUGAAUCAAACGCCGCCUGGAGAAUUCCUUUUGGACUAUUACUCGUCGUUCCAUCCAUUGUGAUCUGUCUUGUGUGGUUCAUCGCCGAGUCACCUCGCUGGCUACUUCUCCGUGACCGCGAGCCCGAGGCAUUUGAGGCUCUCAGAAAGCUCAAGCCCAAGAAUAUGCCCGAGGAAGAACUUCGAGCUGAAUUCGAUCUCCUUUCCUUAAAGGUCUCAGAGCAACUGCAGAAGAAGAGCUUCAGCGAUCUAUUCACGAAACCCAAUCGUCUGCGCACAUUUGUCGUUGUGAUGUCCAACUUUUUCCAGCAGGCCACCGGUCAAGCUUUUGCUUCGCAGUACGGAACCCUCUUCGUGAAGCAGCUGAAGUCAAUCAACCCAUUCAGUGUCACGCUUGGCACUAACGCUGUUGAUAUCGGUGCCAUUAUCAUUUCAGCCUCUCUGAUUGAUGUUGUCGGCCGAAGGGCCCUGUUCCACACAAGUUCCAUCUUCCAGACUGGAGCUCUCAUGACCAUGGGUGGUCUCGGAACAGCAGAUGCAAGCAACACAUCCGCCAAACAAGGAAUCGUGGCUAUGCUUAUGAUCUUCAGCUUCAGCUGGUCUCUUGGCUGGGCACCUCUUACAUAUGUGAUUGGCGCGGAGCUGCCUUCCUCGCCUUUGCGAGAAAUGACCCUUCAGAUUGCGUAUUUUGUGAAAUUGAUCACCGAAUUCGCUGUGACUUUCACAUACCCAUACAUGGAGACGGCUGAUACCCCUGGCCAUGUUUAUCUGGGUGGAAAACUCGGUUUCAUCUACGGGUCUCUUUCGGCUGUGGCAUUCCUGUUCGGAUAUUUCUUCAUGCCUGAAACAUGCCGUAUGGAGCUGGAAGAGAUUGACGCUCAAUUUGCCUCUACAGGUGACGAGGAGACCAAGGACUUUGAUACUUUGGCAAGAGAAGAAGAGGCAACAACUGUGACCGAGAUUUCGAAAUAG